AUGCACAUCCGGUGCGAACUGUCCUUCUUCCGGACAAAAAGAAUCAGAUCUCCCCAUGGAGAACUGCUAGGUCGAAUGAACUGCUUGCCCAGCAGUUCCCGUAGCUAUGACGAUAGCUCCUACAUCUCUGGUGGAGCCUAUCGGUACGGCGCCUUAGCGAUAGGGGCCGCACCUGGCACCAGGUCGAUCCUGAACUCGACCUGCCUCUCCGGAGGUACUCUGGGUAAUUCCUCCGGGAACACAUCAGCAAACUCUCUAACUACCGGAACCUCUGAAACUGAUGUCUGA